AUGGCCGGGGCUUCUCAAGCAUAUCAAAUCGCCGGCUGGUUGGAGAAGAUGGACUCCCCUGACAAGGACUUUCGCUUCAUGGCCAUCAGCGAUUUGAUGGGAGAACUGAACAAGACUAUAGCCCGACUCGACGAAGAUGCAGAAAUUAAGGUGGUCCGCAAGCUUCUCAAGCUGCUAGAAGACCGUAGUGGCGAGGUACAAAACUUGGCUGUCCGAUGCCUUGGUGUCCUUGUGCAGCGUUGUCGAGAUCCUCAGGCGGAAACGGUUGCUGAUGCAUUGUGUCAAAACUUGGCGUCGAAUAAACCUGAUGUCCGGGAUGUCUCUUCGGUCGCCUUAAAGACGGUCGUUACCGAGCUGCACACCGAUCGUAUCGGUGCCGUUGGUAUGGUGCGCAGGAUUACUCCGCAGCUCGCCAAUUUUCUCAACCAGGACAACGUCGAUUCGCCCAUCCGUAUGGAGAUGCUUGAAGUCCUGGGGGAUAUCUUGCUACGAUUCGGUCAAACCAUUACGGAACAUCAUUCUCAGAUCCGCGACGUGUUGCUGACCAUCCUCAGCUCGGAGCGACCAGCCAUUCGGAAACGGGCUAUUAUUGCCCUCGGUAAUCUCACUGCUUCGUGCAAUCCAACCAUCUUCGACGAGAUUUGCGCAGUUCUUUUUGAACGGUUGCAAAACACCGGCAAUGAAUCUGUGGUGAGGGGUAUGGCGACUUCGAUUGCCUAUGUGACAAAGGCUAGCGCUGUGGUUCCUACCUUGCUAAAGGCUUGCCGUGCUUCCGAUGAUGACGAUUUGAAAGAAGCUGUACUGCAGUGCUUCGAAGUGUUCAUCUUGCGCUGCCCCGAAGAAAUCGCACCAUUUAUCGAUGAGCUCGAAUCGUUGAGCAUCACUUACAUUGCUCACGAUCCUAACUUUAUCGAUGACGAUGAUGACCAAAUGGAAGCGAAUGAUGACGAUGAAGAGGAAGAAGACAUCUCCGACGAUGACGAUAUGUCCUGGAAAAUCCGCCGCGCGGCUGCGAAGGUCAUUGAGGCAUUGGUUUGUUCUCGUCGUGAGCGGAUGCUUCAUUCGAUUAACACCUACGCCCCGAUUCUCAUCGGCCGUCUCAAGGAGCGCGAGGAAAACGUCCGAACUGACAUCUUUGGCGCUGCGGUCACUUUGCUUCGUCAAAUUGGAACGUUCAUUCCGAGCCCGUUGAAUUGUUUGGCGCAUUUUGGUGAUGCCCGCCUCGUGAUUGGGAAAACGGCCUGGCUUGCGGACUCCCUUUCGGACGAGCAAAUUGAAUUGAUCAAAGCCUUGUACGCUCAGGUUCCCGGUAUCGUGAGGACGGUUGGUAGGCUGCUGAAACACCGCAGCCCACGCACACGUCUGGAUUGUUUUGCCUUGUUGAGCGCGCUUGUGAGGACUCUUCCCGGGGCACUCACUGAGCAUUUCGUGAAUGUCCUGCAGCCAAUUGCUACGAUGUGUGCGCAGAAAACUACGACGUCGCAAAUGAAAAUCGAUGCAAUCCAAUUCUUGUCGAUAACUUUCAAAUCUCAUCCUCCCGCUCUCAUCGCUCCGCAUCUGCCCACCAUCACACGGAUUGUCAUUAAUGGGAUCGAAGAUAGUUUCUACAAGGUCACGUCCGAGGCGCUCGGCGUUCUCGACCAGCUGAUACCGUUGAUGGCUGACCACUCUGACAACAUGUUGAUCAGUCAGCUCUCCCAUGCUACCUAUCCGCGCAUCAAAGCCUCCGAUCUUGACCAGGAGGUGAAGGAGAGAGCCAUCAUCGCUGCUGGACUAUUUAUUUCGCAAUGUGGCGAUGCUAUCCCGGAGCUGAUCCCGGAUUUGCUAGAAGUGUUGGUCGAUCGUUGCCGUAACGAGUUGACUCGUAUCUAUGCCCUUCGUUCUUUGGACGCCGUCGUUCAGUCGCUUCUCAACAUCACCUUCCCCAGCUCGAUGUUCUCAAGCCUGCUACCACUUCUUGCCGAAUUCCUCCGCAAAAAUAUCCGUGCUUUGAAGAUCGCUAGCCUGAAGUUGCUGGGCAGCAUUCUCGUCCGUUUCGAUGAUUCAAUGCUGGCUGAUGAUGUGAUGACGACCGUUCUCCAUGAAGUCGUUAACGCAAUGGAAGACGACGAUUUGCUUGUUACCCAAAACUCCUUCAAGUGCUUGGCCUUGGCGUUCGCAAAGUGUCCGCGAUCGACAACGCCUUACAUCACUCAAGCUAUCAGCAAGUAUGGCGCCCUGUUGAAAUCGGCUUAUCUCCAGGGUGUUUUGCUGAAUUCUGGACUGGAGAUGAUCAGCGCGCUUUGUGAAAACGAGAUUCCGGGAAAGCCGCAGUUUGAGGAUCUGCUUGACCAAAUCACAGCGCCGGUAUACGACAACGUUCAAUUGCCACGACAAGCUUACAGUGCAAUUUCUGCAACAACUGCCACGGUGGCGGCAGCUUCACACGACGAAGAAAAGGCGGUUCACUUGGCUUUGAAGCUGAGGGAGCAGCUUGGAAACCGUGCAUCCACCGACGGUAUUCGCUUGUUUUCGCUGCUGACUCUGGGAGAACUUGGGCGCCAAUGCAGUUCUAUCUACACUUCUGACGCUAUUGGAGUCGAGGUUCUAAUUAUGGAAGCGUUCAAGUCGCAGAAUGAAGACUUGAAGAACGCCGCUUCGAAUGCUCUUGGUGGCAUGGCGGUUGGAAAUCUCCCGAAGUUCCUGCCUUUUAUCCUCACUCAAAUGCAGGAAAGCAACCGCCAAUAUCUAUUGUUGCAUUCAAUCAAGGAGAUUAUUCUCUGCGAGACUCAAUCGAAAAGUUCGCGAGAUGGCUUCCAGCAGUACAUUCCAAAGAUUUGGCCGGUACUUUUUGAGCACGCUGAGGCUAAUGAGGAGAGCACAAGGAAUAUUGUCGCGGAAUGUAUUGGAAAGUUGUGCAUUCUGGAGCCCUCCCUCCUCAAAGAUUUGAAGGUCCACCUGCAUGCCGAAUCUGCCAAUGUGCGUGCCGUUGUAGCCACUGCAAUCAAAUACAUGAUUUCGCCCGAGCGACAGUCGAUUGAUACUCAUCUCCAAGUGAUCAUGCCGGACUUCGUUACGAUCCUAUCCGAUCCCGAUUUGGAUGUGCGUCGCCUUGCUUUAAUUGCCCUAAACUCUGCCGCGCACAAUAAGCGCUCACUGAUUCGUGCCCAUCUGGCCGCAGUCCUGCCAAAAGUCUACACGGAGACCAAGAUUCGCAAAGAAUUGAUCGUCGAGGUCGAGAUGGGCCCAUUCAAGCAUCUAGUCGAUGAGGGUUUAGACUUGCGAAAGGCUGCCUUCGAAUGUUUGUACACAAUCUUGGGCACCUGCACCGACAAACUCGACAUUUUUGAAGUGAUCAAUUAUAUGGAAGAAGGGAUGAAGGAUGCUCACGAUAUCCGCCUGCUCACCUAUCUUACUUUGAUCAAGCUCUCGACCCUGACCCCUACCCAUGUAUUGCAACGACUGGAUCGUAUCUGUGAACACAUCAAGGCCCAAUUGGCGCUGAAAAGCAAGGUGAAUGCCGUGAAGCAAGAACUUGACAAGCACGAGGAGCUCCGACGGUCUGCUAUUCGUACGCUGAUGGCACUGAAGGAGAUGCCUGAUGCGAGCCGCCACCCCCAGUUGUCCGAGGUCUUCAACUUCAUUCAUGGAAACGCGGAGCUGCGUGAACUCCACAAGGCCAUCGAGAAGAAUGUGCAAAGGAUUUGCCCCGAUGGGAUC